UUUCCGGCGGCCAUUUUGACUUGGUCUUCCAGACAGCAAGAUGCAGUCAUCAAACGAGGGUAACCAGGAUGUAAUAAAGGAUUAUUACAAUAGAUUACCGGGACCAUGCGGUGAGUGUUGUCUGAAGUUCCCAUGUCCGUCCAUCUUGGCGUGCUUGGCGAUGCUAGUCGGAGACGCUCUCCUCCUUGCAGGCUUCCAUCUUGGAGCGGAAGAAACACAAGUCCUUUUCACAGGGACUCCAGUCUCGAAAGAUUUCAAUAUCUGGUUCACCAACGUACAGGUUGUCAUUUACUGCCUGUCCGUGUUAAUGGCAUUCCUGGCAAUCCUUCUACUGGCCAUCAGCUGUUUGGGUACCGGGGCAACUCGCUCUGUGUAUAUCUGCAGAUUCAAGACUAGAAGUAGCGGCAGAUGGCAAACAGGACUGUUUAUGGUCGCAUCUUACUUCCUGUUCCUGUGCUGGCUAACUGCUACGUGUUUUGCAGUGGUUCCUGUAUUCUUCAUGUUCGUCAUGAAUCAUGGUGUAUGCAUGGGAGUCGAUCUCGAACAGCAAACGUGUCUGAGUCUUGUGCAGUGGGGCUUUUUGGUACCAAAUGAAGACUCAGUUGGCAACAAUAAAGAAUUCGUCUGUGACGAACAAAUGAGAAAGAUCUGCAACAGUAACCUCAUGUUUUUCUUCAGCAUGGCAUUUUUGGGUUGUCUGCUGAUGGUUCUUGCUUCAGUGCAAUUCACAAUCAACAUGUCCGCCAACUUCGCCCAACUCCUGGACCGCUACAAGCGAGCCUACAUGACAGGCAACGCCGGUUCCUACAACAUGCGGACCGGCGUCCAAGAAUUCAUGCGCGGCAGUAAACGAGGUACGGGCAAUAGCCGUCGUCCCUACGCGGGAGGUGCCAGCAACGCCGCACUGGUUCGCACCGCGGGCAACGGCCUCUACGACGGUGCGGACAAAUACGCGGACGUGGAACCAGAACCCUAUGGUUCGGCGGUCGAGAUGGCCUCGAUGUCUAGGCAGGAGGUUCCGCCCCCACUGCCUCCUCCUUAUGUGUCAUCAACCAGGGAGCCCCUGAGUAAUCUGCAGCACCGUGCUAGGUCGUAUGACCCGCUGAAUUACGAUGAAUACUCAAACAGACUGCAACUUCAAAGGGGCAAGGGUUUCAGUCGCUCUGCUGAGCCGAUUGAUUUUAGUCAUCGUUAUGAUAGAUAUGACGAGUAUGAUAUCUAAAGUUCAUUGUGUGCUGGUUGUAUGUUUGUUAAC